AUUUUCUCCUGUUUCAUAGUCAACCAGAACAAUGUUCUACGCACACUUUGUCCUCAGUAAAAGAGGGCCGCUGGCCAAAAUUUGGCUAGCGGCCCAUUGGGAUAAGAAGCUAACCAAAGCCCAUGUGUUUGAGUGUAAUUUAGAGAGCAGUGUGGAGAGUAUCAUCUCACCUAAGGUGAAGAUGGCACUCCGAACAUCAGGACAUCUCUUACUGGGAGUUGUUCGAAUCUAUCACAGAAAAGCCAAAUAUCUCCUUGCAGACUGUAAUGAAGCAUUCAUUAAGAUAAAGAUGGCUUUUCGGCCAGGUGUUGUUGACCUGCCUGAGGAAAAUCGAGAAGCUGCCUACAAUGCCAUUACUUUACCUGAAGAAUUUCAUGACUUUGAUCAGCCAUUGCCUGACUUAGAUGACAUCGAUGUGGCCCAGCAGUUCAGCCUGAACCAGAGUAGAGUGGAAGAGAUAACCAUGAGAGAAGAUGUUGGGAACAUCAGUAUCCUACAAGAAAAUGAUUUUGGUGACUUUGGAAUGGAUGACCGUGAGAUAAUGCGAGAAGGCAGUGCUUUUGAGGAUGAUGACAUGUUAGUAAGCACUAGUGCUUCUAACCUCCUGUUAGAGCCUGAGCAGAGCACAAGCAAUCUGAAUGAGAAAAUUAACCAUUUAGAAUAUGAAGACCAAUAUAAGGAUGACAACUUCGGAGAAGGAAAUGAUGGUGGCAUAUUAGAUGACAAACUCAUUAGUAAUAAUGAUGGCGGUAUCUUUGAUGAUCCUCCUGCCCUAUCGGAGACGGGGGUUAUGUUGCCAGAACAGCCUGCACAUGAUGAUAUGGAUGAGGAUGAUAAUGUGUCAAUGGGUGGUGGGCCUGAUAGUCCUGAUUCAGUGGAUCCUGUCGAACCAAUGCCGACUAUGACUGAUCAAACAACACUUGUUCCGAAUGAGGAAGAAGCCUUUGCUUUGGAACCUAUCGAUAUCACUGUCAAAGAAACAAAAGCCAAGAGAAAGAGGAAGUUAAUUGUUGACAGUGUCAAAGAGUUGGAUAGUAAGACCAUUAGAGCCCAGCUUAGUGAUUAUUCUGACAUUGUUACAACUUUGGAUCUGGCACCACCCACCAAGAAAUUGAUGAUGUGGAAAGAGACAGGGGGAGUGGAAAAGCUUUUCUCUUUACCUGCCCAGCCUUUAUGGAAUAACAGACUACUGAAGCUCUUUACACGCUGUCUUACACCUCUAGUUCCAGAAGAUCUUAGAAAAAGGAGGAAAGGAGGAGAGGCUGAUAAUUUGGAUGAAUUCCUCAAAGAAUUUGAGAAUCCAGAGGUGCCCAGAGAAGAACAGCAACAGCAGCAACGUGAUGUUAUCGAUGAGCCCAUUUUGGAAGAGCCAAGCCGCCUCCAGGAGUCAGUGAUGGAGACCAGCAGAACAAACGCAGAUGAGUCAGCCAUGCCUCCACCACCACCUCAGGGAGUUAAGCGAAAAGCAGGACAAAUUGACCCAGAGCCUGUGAUCCCUCCUCAGCAAGUAGAGCAGAUGGAAAUACCUCCUGUAGAACUGCCCCCAGAAGAGCCUCCAAAUAUCUGUCAGUUAAUUCCAGAGUUAGAGCUUCUCCCAGAAAAAGAAAAGGAGAAAGAGAAGGAGAAAGAAGAAGAAGAAGAGGAGGAGGAUGAAGAUGCUUCGGGGGGUGAUCAGGAUCAAGAAGAAAGAAGAUGGAACAAAAGGACUCAGCAGAUGCUUCAUGGUCUUCAGCGAGCUCUUGCUAAAACUGGAGCUGAAUCUAUCAGUUUGCUUGAGUUAUGUCGAAACACAAACAGAAAGCAAGCUGCAGCAAAGUUCUACAGUUUCUUGGUUCUUAAAAAGCAGCAAGCUAUUGAGCUGACACAGGAAGAACCAUACAGUGACAUCAUCGCAACACCUGGACCAAGGUUCCACAUUAUUUGAGCAGCUUAGAAGUAUUGUAGCUAGUGUUCAUUUCACUAGUGUGUAAAAAUUGCCCCCAUGUGUAGGGCACACAAAACCCUUUAAGAAAUUCAGAUUUUUCUGUACAAAGUCUCUGCAUUUCUCUUCAUUUUUUCCAGUAUUUUAAAUUCAUCAGUUUCAUCUUUAAGGGAAACUGCUUGUAUGGAUUGUGUUCUGAUGGAGAAAACAAGCACCCAAGAUUAAACAGUUCAGAAUAUAUGUGUGCAAUAUUGGCGCAUGCAAUAAUGUUGAAUAGCAGUCAAAAGUCAGGAUUUUUAUCUGUUCUCCAUGACUGCAGUGGAAAGGAAAACUUGUCAGGAAAAAUGUCUGAACUAGGGUGUGAAUCUUAGGAAGAAAUUGUCUUUUCCCAUCAGUAACACUGACAAUCUUCUUGUAACCACUGUUCUUUGGGAUGGUGCCCAAAACAGAUUGUCCUCGAGAUAUGUAAAGUGUAAUUCCAUGCUGACCAAGGGGGUGUGUGAAAUUGUGUUGUAACUCAUCCCCUUCAGUUACAAAAGGAUGGGACUAUUUUAAAAGCAUUCCACGAAUCUUUUUAAUGAACCUUACAAUCCUGAAAUCUGUUGUUUUAGUGAGGCUCUAAAAUCAGCAGAAAUAGACUUUUUAGAGUAGAAUAAUUUUAAACAAUUUUCCAAGAGCUAAAAAUCAAAGUUUUAAAAAGAUGUUUAGGUGUAUUGAAGUAUUCAGAUCAUGAAAAUAGAAAUUGCUAUUCCAACUGAAAGGACAAGACUGAUGGGAAAUCAUAUACCUGGUUGACUUAACCUUUCAGCAGACAAUGCUGUAAAAACUAAUGGCUUCUCUCAUAUUUAUUUUAAGUUUUAUUACUGACCUCUUUUUCCAACGCUGUACACUCUGUGUUUGGAACUUUAAUAGCUUUGCAACAGCAAUCCUGUAUCCAGUUUCCUAUAAUUUAAGUGAAGAAAAACAUCCAAUAAAGGCUUUAUAAGUAACAGACCAGAUAGCACCAGAAAUCAUGUGACUUAUGAUUAUCAAAAUGUCUUAACUUUUAGGGGAAAAUUACACUGAGAGUUCUAGCUUAAGUGGUGGCACUUUUGUGGAAAAAAUCACUUUCAAAACUCAGACUUCAGUGUAUACCCAGUAAUUUAAAAUUAAGUGAAAUGUUUUAAAUUUGUGAAUGCGUAAUCACUGUUUUGAUGAUUCAUUUUCUUGAGAAUGGUAAUUGUAUAAAAUUGCUAUUGCAGCUUUAUUUUCAAUAUAAUGUGCCUGUAAACCAUUGAUUUUUCUCCCUUUGUAAAAAGACAUUGUAGAUAAUUGAAUGAUUAUAGAAAGGUCAUUAGUUUCUUGUUACACAUUUUGUUAGUCUGGUUUUUGUUGCUUUAUUGGGUUUAAUAUUGUUCUUGAAAAUAGUUGAUGCUAUGUUAUGUAUAACUUUUCUAAUAAAAGUUGUGUUAUAAGCUGUAAA